GACAGUCGUGAAAGGCCAAGGGCCGAGGCACAUACCCCUGCUUGUGACCAGACCUUUUUGGACCGCAGCUCACCUUCUAAACACCCUGCCAUUAUGGCAGAAGCGGCAUUGGAGGUCCCUGUACGUAGUGCCAGUGUAAACAACACAGCCUUUCUGGUGGAGAGUGUUGAUAUAUAUCGGGAAAUGAUCAUAAGGAAGGUUCGAUGUGGUUCAUUCAUCGGACAUAUGUGUUUUCCUGCAAGUUUUCAGAAGACAAUCCGAGACAUACUGGAAAAUGAAAAUCAGGAUCAACAGAUGAAAGCUACGACAAUAUUCCUGGACUACCUCAAGGAACGGAGAGAUCCCCGGGACUAUGUGCUGUUCAUGCAACUGCUGGAACAGAAUGGUUAUGAUGCUUUAGCAGAAUUCCUGAAGGGGGAAACGGAUCUUCAUAAAGACGGAGAACACAUGAGACUGAUGAAAUUCUUUGUUGAGGACAUCAGUAAUAGAAUUGAUGUAGAAGCUCUCUAUCCAUGUCUCGUUCAGGGCAACUGGUUGGAUAAAGAAGACGGACAGCGCCUGAGAAACAUAGCGACAACAACAGGCAGGAUCCCUGCUGCCAGGUGGCUGGUUCUGAUGAUUCUUCCUCGCCGGAAGAAGAACUGGCUCAAGCAAUUUCUGCAGCUUCUUCGGGAUAAUGGUUUUGACGAACUGGUUGAAUGGAUCGAAGGAGAUGUCAGUUAUCCAGGUUCCGCUGACGGUUGCGAUUCAUCUGAAUACGAAACAAGAAGUGAUGACACAGUGUCAAUGAAUAACUUGUCAGCUUCAGGUGCCGCUUACAGCUUGAAAAAUAAUUUGGAUCUAAUCCCAGAUGAAGAUGAAACAAAACGUCCAUUUACAUAUCUUGAAAAGACAGGGCCUAGACGUGGUGACGUUUUAGGACUGCCUCUUAAGGACCUACGCAUGGUUGACAAGUGGGUGGAGAAGACUUUAGACAUUCCAAGAGACAUUGACGAUGUGAGUUUGGUAUCAAGUAUUGAGGAAAACGCACUACAAGACCUUAAUGAUCAUGACUUUGUUUCACAUGAACUAAUGGAGACACGAGCUAACGUCUUCAAACCUCUCGAAAACCGACCAUACCAAGACGAGUUGGUCAAUGCGGUCGCUGACGGGAGCAAUGCCAUCAUUAUAGCGCCUACAGGAUGCGGAAAGACAGUGGUGGCUCUCAGAAUCAUGCAGGAGCACCUUCAGAAGAUGCAAGGUCGCGGGAAAGUUGCUUUUUUUGCCAAUGAGGUGACACUGGUAGACCAACAGCAUGACAUGUGUAAGGGACACAUUGAAGAGUCAGUCAAGACAGGGAUGAUUGUUGGAGAGACGAAGGAUAAGAGCAAAAUACCCCUUGGGGAUUUAAUCAGACAAACUGACAUCCUGUUCAUGACGCCUCAGAUCAUUGUAGAUGCCAUAGCAGACAAAGCCAUCGACUCCUUGUCGAUAUUCACAUUGCUUGUGUUUGACGAAUGUCACCACGUGCUGUCCAAACACCCUACCAGCAAGAUCAUGGCUAUCUACAUCGACCGGAAACUGGAAGGAGUGACACGUCUGCCUCAGGUGGUGGGACUGACAGCAUCCGUCGGAGUAGGGAAGAAGAAAGAAGCCACCUUAAAGAGAGGGGCUACUACUCACAUCAAAACCUUAUGUUCUACCAUGGAUGCGACAGGAGGCUUGGUGACAGUCAGGAAGAACAAGGAGAAUCUUGAUGAACACACCUAUUUCGUGGAGACAGCUAUCAAGAAAACAAAUGAACGAUCAUCCGACCCCUUUAAGCAAUGCGUAGUUGGCAUCAUGAUGAAGAUUGAAGAAAGAAUGUCAAGUCAUGAGUCCGAGCUUGGAAUUGAAACAGAGGAUGAACCUCUUGGUGGCAAGUUCAAGCCAUACGCAGUCAGAGGGACAAUGCAGUAUCACCAGUGGCUCUAUAAGCUGUACUACACAGUUAUUCCCAGCAUAAGAAAUAUCGACUUCCGUCGCUCGUAUAUCACGUGUGUGCAGCAUCUGGUCAUCUAUAACAAUGCGUUAUUCAUCAACGAACAUUGCCGAGCCCUCGAUGGAAUGCUUGUCAUUGAGAAGGCCUUUCGUGACCCUCUACCAAAUGUCGGAUGCAACACAGAGAUUUGGCUUAACAGACUUUAUACUGAAAAUUGGCAGAAGCUUGAAGCAGAAUCGAGAACCCAUGUCAUCCUGAACCCACGACUCAUCUUACUGAAGUUGGAAGUGUUGAAUCAAGUCUGUAAAAAACCCACUUCCAGGAUUUUGAUUCUUGUGAAAUUGCGUACUCUCGCUAGAGCCCUCUGUCGAGUGUUGACUGAGAUGGCGGAGACCAAACACCUGAACCCAGUGAUUGUGACCGGGUGUGGAGCACCGGGUGAUAAAGGAGGUAUGACCCGGCCUCGGCAGAUUGAAGCUGUUAAAAGUUUCAAGUGGGGCCCGAGUCGUGUGGCAGUUGCGACUUCUGUGGCAGAGGAGGGGAUAGAUAUCACCACGUGCAGCUUGGUCAUCAGAUAUGAGUAUGUGUCCAAUGAGAUAGGCAUGAUCCAAGCAAGAGGUCGAGCAUCGCGAGUCGAGGACGGCACCUAUUGUCUCAUUACCGGGAACUCUACAUUGGCGACUAGGGAAGAAACCAACGCCCAGUUAGAGAUCGUCAUGAACGAAGCUGUUGAUGCAUUACAGAACGAGUUCGACCAAGAUCCCAUCACUUUCCGACAGUCGAUUGAGGAGAUUCAAAGGAAGCAAAAACUGGAAAGAGAGCAAAAUGAACAAAGUUCCAAAAAGCGUCCGAAAAACCUUGCGACAUUUCGACUACAUUGCUACAAAUGCACUGUAUACAUAUGUGAAUCUUCUGAUAUUAGAGUUGUCAACUCGGCACAUCACAUGGUGAUGGCCCCCAGCAUUGGCAAGUUAAUUACAGUGAAAGACAAUAAGAAACCUGUUGAGUUUGAUGGCUUGAAGAAGUACUGCAAAAUCCACUGCAAAAAGUGUGACCUCGACUGGGGUGUUGGCAUGGUGUACAAGGAUGUCAAGUUGGUUGUGUUAUCAAUGAAAGGCGUUAUGGCUUACGACAGACGUGGUAACCAACAUCAUCGCAAAUCUUGGAAGGAUGCGCCGUUUGACUGUUCAGCAAUGACGGAAAGGGAUAUGUUGAAUUAUACGGAAUCCUUUUGAGUGAUACCAUAUUUGCAGAAAUUAUGCUAUGCUUUGGGAAUUGCAAAUAAGAACAGUACACACCCGUGAAAAAGGCAGGGCUCAAGACGAAAACGGCAGGGCGCACAUAAACUUUAAGCUUCCAAUUAAUAGGCAUUUCUGAAUCUUAAACUUACAUAAAAUAGGGAUUGUAGAUGGAGUUGUAAAAUAUUGUUGAUGUGUAAUUAGAUAACGUAUAAUCUGUUGUCUGAUAUAUAUUUUGUCUUGUACAUGUUUUCAAAUGAUUCUUUCUGCAUUAAUUCUACGUUUUGGUACAAUUUAGAAAGGCUUGUGAAAGGACUUCAGUAUUAAAGCUGUCCUUUGCGUUUUGGCGACCAAUCAAAAGAAGCGUCCCACAAUUAUCACUACUUUCAGUUAGGGGAACACCUCGAAAUGUACGAGUGAUAACGAUUUGACAUCGCGUUUAGCCAAUGGGCUUCACAGAUCGCACCCAUGUGAGAAAUCGUACCAAUGUUUUCGAGUUGACGAGCUGAUGCUUUAACCUCCGGGCUACCCAACCGCCCGCACGAAAGUGGAUAUGAUCAAAAAUGGCUGCAUAAAAUAGUGAAUAGUUACCAGAAUACCGAGUAAUAUUGGCAGUGGAAAUUGCAUUGUGAUAUUGUUAUACACAGUGACUGUAGAUGGCAAUUAGCAAUUUUAGAUAUUGCAAACCUGAUGGACAGUUCGAUAAACUGAAAAGUAUGUUCAAUUAUUUAUUUACGUACUUGUAAAUGUAAUGUUGUGACAAUGACAUGUUGUGUUGUUACUGAUUUGCCACGAUACAUACUGGUUACAUAAUACACACGGGCUGCAAUAUGUUAAGUGAGCGUAGCCACACAUUGUUGCCAGUAAACAGGAUAGAAAUCAUGAUACACCACAUUUUUUAGCGACAACACACACGAAUUUAUCGUGUCAUUUUGUCUGGGGAUAUCCACUUUGCUUGCCUCGAAGAAACUGUGGUACACAUGAACAUUUUCAAUACCUCUUAUGUAUGAGAGUGCUAUUGACCAAUCUAGGAACAAUAUAUAAGUUUGUUUCAAUGCGAUUUUAGGCAUUUUCUGUAAUCAGACUGGUAACCGACUAAAUAAAUUGAUUCAGCCAAUUGCGUCAUACUCAUUCUCUUAUCUAACACCAAAGAAUUGAAAUAAACAUAUACAAUGUGGAAGCCCAUUUCUGGUGUCCCCCGCCGUGAUAUUGCUGGAAUAUUGCUAAAAGCGGCGUAAAACCAUAUUCACUCACUCACUGAAAUAAACAUACCUGGUACUGCUUACUGAGCGCUGUGAUAAUGUACCGUUAUGAUGGCAGGUUACUAUAUUUCAUGGCUGCAUUUCAUCCUAUUUCAAGACAACUAAGAAUUUGUCACCACGACACUCAACGAGAACGAUUUAUGAUCAUUUUUAGGAAUUCCGGUACGGAACGGAACAUUAACCAAUAAAUGAAAUUAUAGAAUGUU